UUCAACAAAACAAUGAUCAUUUGGCCAUGGCCUAGACUCUAGACUGCCUAGAUCCUGAUCACAAAGUUGCUGAUGACGGUGGAGAAGGCUGCGUAGCCAUCUGUUUGCUUUGCUAUGCCCGCUGUCAAGAAAGGACCAUAUCCGCUUUGGAAUUUUAAUGCUAAUUAUUUCUGUUGCUUUAUAUUUUGAUUGUUCAGCCAUUGAUGUAAAGUGUGCCAAAUUACGUUUAAUAUGGCAGAAAGUGUUACACCUAAGGAUGACAGGGUAGAAGAAGAUGUGAGGAAGAAGAUUCACCCUCCAAGUAAGAAGCUUUAUGAUCAACAGAUUGAAGGUCUCGUUCAGAAGAUAUCGACUUUAGAGACCAAGCUUAAAUCUUUGAAGACACAAUCUUCCGACAACCUUAGCCCGACAGGCACUUUAGAACGGGACUCACACUUUCUGAAGACGUUACGAGAAGACAAAGAAAAUAAAAUUAAAGAGAGGAAGAAGAUUGAAGAGGAGCUCAAAGUUAUAAGUAAUACUAUUAGUAUAAAGAAAGAUGUGUUAUCCAAAAAGCAGGCAAGGCUACCAGCGAAAUCUGUUGAUAAACUUGAAUCCAUGAUUAAGAGGUUGGAAUAUCAACUGGAACACACCCACUUUAACCUAAGGGAAGAAACUAGAAUGGUGAAAGAGAUUGACAGUCACAAACGAUCCAUGAAACAUCUAAGGGAAUGCCUUGGAGAAAAGGAAGAGCUUGAUAUAGAAGUAGCCAAGAAGAAUAGAUUAAGAGCACAGAGAGAUAAACUAUUUAAGGAGAUAAGUGGUUUGAGGUCAGAGGAAGACAAAGUGAGGAGACAACUAAAGGAAGUGCGUAGCCAAGCAAGUAUAGAAUGGAGUAACUUAAAGAAAGAAAUUGAUGACCUCUAUAAUCAAAAGCGUAGAAUUACAGCAACUUAUCAGGCUGAAUAUCGUCAGUUCCAUGAACGCCGUGCAAUGUAUCGAGAACAAAAUGAACGUCAAAAAGUGAUGCAAAGGGAAGCUAAAGAGCGGGAAUUGAAACAAAAGAUGAAAGAGCAUAUACCAGAUCCGUAUGCUUACAAGCAGAGACAGAUUAACACACUGAUGACCUACCUGCAGAGACAUUCAUAUACCCAAGAUGCAAGUUCCCACAAUGCCUCACUCGGUCAAGACAGAAGCUCAUCCCUCCUACAGUCAAUUCAAGACGGAGCAAGUGCUAGCCACAUACCAGCCGGUACAUCUCUUUCCUCGUCAUCAUCUUUUAAUGAAGAUCGCGGACACGUCCUUCAGCGUAAGAAGAAUGAGGAAGAUGAAUGGAUGUUUGCCGGAAACUUAUCUCGUAAUAAGAAGAAGCGAAACAGGAAAACCUCAUGGAUGAAUAAAGUUAUCAGUCAUCCACCAGACAUCUUUCCACUGUUUUCUGAACUAGGACUGACAGCGCCCUCGUCGGUUGGGGAUGUAGCUGAAGUUGUCAGCCAACUUCAAAAAGCUAAGCUUCAUUAUGAGCAAUGCUCCAAGAGGCAAAGGUCGGACACAGGAAACACUGGAAUUGACUCAGGCACAGCAUCAAGCUCGGAGUGUUACUCUCCGAGUGUUACAGAUAUCAUACCAAACUUCAAAGCCCAUGGAAAGAAAUCAAAGACAGAUGUGACAGGUGACACACUCCUGAACGAUGAGGAUGAUGAAAAUGAUAGUGUUUUCGACGAACCCGCUGAUGACGAAGAUCCUUUCCAACUAGGAGGUAGCUGCAUUCCGCCAAGUGUAAAACCGAGGGACGAGAAACCUAUCCUGAAAUUGAAAAUUGGCACAACGAAUCACAGUUUUGAGAGUAGCAUGUCACUGCCCAAGCAAAAUCAAGGCCAGAGCUUAAUUGAAGAUAAUGGUGCGGUAGUUACUUACCAAAAUAUCAGUUCUAACAGCGAGGAGCUUACCCCACUGCCAGAUGUCAAAGUGCCUGACCUCAUGACCUCCUUAAGUAGUUUAAGCAUGUCUGAUAUAUGUGAAAGUGAGCAGAUGAAUAUAGAGAAAAUUGAGCCAGUCGUGUCCGAUGUACAAGAGUUACAUGUUGUAGGAGAAGGUUCAUUAUGAUGAGAAUCUUCACUGUGAUGCUGUUCACCAAUUUCAAUUAUAUGUUUUAUCUGUUAUCAUGCAAGUUUUGUGUGUGAGUCCCAGUGUCCAAGAGUAAUUGGCAUUUCUGCGAUUAUUUAUGUUAAUGAGUCUGUUGUUUCUAAAUCUUGAUAGUUUUCCAUUAUUUUUGCUGCAUUAUUAUGAUGUCAAUUACAGCUAUGGUUUAAUUUUGUUUAUUUUUGUAUAGUAGAAUUUAUAAACUAAUUAUUAUAUAUGUUAUUUUAUUCAUUGUUUUUGUUAUUAUUAUUAGAAUAAUUUCAUGGUGUUUCCAUGAAGCAAUAAUGUUUAAUUUCAAAAGCUUGUAAUGAUAACCCAUCAAAGCUUGCUUGUUUUGCCGGUAUAUUGUGUCCAACUAGUACUUUGUUCUAGGGUGUUGACGAAGGUUACAACAAUGUUAUAGUGUUGUAAUUGUUAUUAUUAUUAUUAUUAUUAUUAUUAUUAUUAUUAUUAUUAUUAUUGUUAUUGUUAUUAUUAUUAUAAUCAUUAUUAUGGUCAUGAGGCCAAAAAAGCCUAUGUUGCCUAUGCCUGGCCGACCAAAAAAUCUAUUAUCGGUUUUUUUGCCAGAGAAGAGCACAAAUUACAUGUAUGAGGUUUCAAAAGACCUCUUUUAAAGCUUUAAUCAAUAAAUUUGAUACCUUUAA